GCCUUGCCUGCGCCCAUCUCCACAUCGGCAUUGCGAAAUCCCUGCACUUCAUUUGUAAGAUACAGUACCGCGGGCUGCUGUGCCUGCGCUCCGUCCUUCCAGUACCGUCUCGCACCGCAAAAAUACUUUGAACGUGCUUCUUGUGCGGUCGCGUGUUCCCUCCCGAUGAUGGUACUGAUGCUGAUCAAACCCCGACCCUGUAUAUAUAAUUGUCAUAGGUUCUCCUGGAUACAUUCGCUCUCUUGAAUACCUACAUCUCACCAAGUUAACAGUACACUCGAAUCCUGACGACCCUUUCUUGAAUACGCUCCGCAAUCAUGUCGUCUAAUGAAUGGAAACCUGAUAGCUGGAGGAACAAGCAUGCCGCACAGGAUGUGGCCUACCCUGACCGUGAACAUCUUUCAAAAGUCCUCUCCAAGAUUCGCACUCUGCCUCCUCUCGUAACUCCUUCCGAAAUCGAGCGGCUUCGUCAUCAACUCAGCCUCGUUCAGCGUAAUGAGGCAUUCCUCCUCCAUGCUGGAGACUGCGCAGAGAGUUUCGACGCCUGUACUCACGAAAACAUCUCGGCAAAGAUCGGUCUCAUUCUUUCCUUCUCGCUGAUCCUCAUUUGGGGCGCCCGGCUUCCCAUUGUCCGUAUCGGUCGUAUUGCAGGUCAAUAUGCCAAACCCAGGAGUAGCCCUACUGAGAAGAUCGGUGACGGGGAGGUUCCAAGUUUCCGAGGAGACAAUGUGAAUGGUCUCGACCCGAACGAUCGUACUCCCAAUCCAGAGCGACUCCUAAGUGCAUAUUUCCACUCGACGACAACGUUGAAUCACAUCCGAGCUUUGCUCACCUCCAACUUUGCGUCUCUGAACCACCCACGGUCCUGGUCUCUUUCACACGUCCGAUCACCUGCUUUGCGGGCCGAGUUCGAACGGAUCUCAGAAGGCCUAGGUGAUGCCCUGGGCUUCACCCGUAGAAUCGGAUUCUGGCAAGAAAGCACCCCAUACGAGAAGGGCGGCGGACGCGGAGCAUUGGGCGAAGUCGAUUUCUACACCAGUCAUGAAGGUCUCAUGUUGGAAUACGAAGAAGCUCUCACCCGAAAGUUCCCACUGCCCGAAUCACUUCGUUCUCCAUCUUCGACCUCCACCUCUCGCUCUCCUUCGCCAUCAUCCCGCUCGAGAACUAGAUCUGGGCCCAACGUUCCAGAGGCGUAUUACAAUACCUCCGCUCAUUUCCUUUGGAUUGGUGAUCGAACGCGUCAACUGGACGGUGCUCAUGUCGAGUACUUCAGGGGGAUCCGAAACCCUAUUGGAAUCAAGGUCGGACCCAGUAUGAAGGACGAGGAGCUCGUUAGGCUUCUAGACAUUGUGAACCCUGACAAGGAAAGUGGGCGUGUAACGCUCAUUACGCGCUAUGGGGCUGGCAAGAUCGAAAACGUCCUCGCCGGCCACAUCGCUGCGGUCCAGAAAAGCGGACACCCCGUCAUCUGGAUCUGUGAUCCUAUGCACGGAAAUACCUUGACUUCCUCGAGCGGUCUCAAAACCCGAAACUUCGGGACCAUUAUUAGCGAGCUCACCUCUUGUAUCCGGAUUCAUUCUGAGAACGAUUCUCGUCUGGGUGGUGUAAGCCUGGAGUUCACUGGGGAAUUCAACGAUGAGGGAUUCAGUGUGACUGAAUGUCUCGGAGGAAGCAUGGAGUUGAGCGAGGAGCAACUCGGUCUUCGUUACCAGUCUUUCUGUGAUCCUCGACUGAACUUUGAGCAAUCCCUCGACGUCGCGUUCCUCAUCUCGAACCACUUCAAGAAGGAGCGCCUUGGUGAACGCAGCGAUAGCCUGUAUGCUCAGUUGGGUGGCAAAGCUACGUCCAAGUAAGAAAGUCAUAAUCCCCUACAGAGUGGGAAAUAGAUGCAGACUGCAAGGGAACAUCUAUACAUGUAACAUUAUAAGCUUCGCUUUCUGUGGUGGAAUGUAUUGUUUCGAAUGCUGUCCGAACCGACUCCGAUCUUCUCGGAGGAGAGCAGCAUUUGAUAUUUACCGAGCUA